AUGAUCAUCAAAAAAAAAAAUUUUUUUUUUCUUUCAAACUUUUUAAACUUUUUCACACGAUUUCAGAAUAUGCCAGAUAUAAUUUAUACUCCUAACUAUGUACCAGGACAAUUUGAUGACGCACCUGAAGAUGAACAAGAUGAACAACAAAUAAAUAAUGAAUUAAAAAAAAAUAUUGAAGAAAAAUUUAAUUAUAAUGAAGAAUUUGAUUAUGAUGACGAUGGUGACUUUGAUGAUUAUUUUGAAGAUGAGUUGAACGAUAAUGAAGAAUGGGAUAACGCAACAGGAGAUUUUACUAAACAGUACAAUCGAUUAAGACAAAAAUUACAAGCUGGCGGUACAUCAUCUGGAUCAAUAAAAUAUCAAAAAGGACCUUCUAAGGGAAGUUCAUUAUCAGCUGGUAGAGGUGUAUCUGAUGAAGCUAGAAAAAAAGUUAAUGAAACUAAAUUACAAGAACAAUUGAAAAUUUUGAGUAAAUAUGCAAACAGGAUUCAUCUUGAUGAAAUUUCAGAUGGUAAAUUAUCUGUUUCUGUAACUAAUGACAUCAAGAUGAGCAACAAAAAAGCUCUUGGUGAUAAACAAAAGAAUAGUGAUAAAUCAGAUCGUGCUACUGUAGAGCAAGUGUUAGAUCCUCGAACGAGGAUAAUUCUUUUUAAGAUGAUUAAUCGCAACGCAAAUGUUUAUCAUGCAAUAACAGAAGAUGGAAAUCAUAGGGCCAUAAAAGUUUAUAAAACUUCAAUUUUAGUGUUUAAAGAUAGAGAUCGUUACGUUACAGGAGAAUUUAGAUUUAGACAUGGUUAUAGUAAACAUAAUCCAAGAAAAAUGGUUAAAUUAUGGGCGGAAAAAGAAAUGAGGAAUUUAAAGAGAUUAUGGCAAGUCGGUAUUCCAUGUCCCGAACCUCUUGUUUUAAGGCUACAUGUUUUAGUUAUGAGUUUUCUUGGAGAUAAAAAUGGUUGGGCAUAUCCAAGAUUAAAAGAUGCAGUUAUUAAUUCUGAUAAAUAUCCAGAGCUAUAUUAUCAACUUAUAAAGAAUAUGAGAACAAUGUAUCAUAAAUGUCGUCUGGUUCAUGCUGAUUUGAGCGAAUAUAAUCUCUUGUAUCAUUCGCGUGUUUUAUAUAUUAUUGAUGUAUCUCAAUCAGUAGAACAUGAUCAUCCACAUGCUCUUGAAUUUUUAAGGAAAGAUAUUUCAAAUGUCACAGGAUAUUUCAAAAGAAAAGGUGUAAGAGUUAUGAGUAUCAGAGAAUUAUUUGAUUUUAUUACUGAUAUUAAUAUUGGAUUAGAUGAUGAGCAAGUUGAGGCCGAACUCGAUAAGAUUCAAGAACGAUUAGCUUCUCAAAAGGAAUUAUCAAUUACGUUAAAUGAGGAUAUUGAUAAAAUGUCUAAAGAUUUAGUUGAUGAAGAGGUUUUCAAGAAAGCCUUUAUUCCGAGAACCUUGGACGAUGUAUUUGAUGUUGAAAGAGAUACUUUAAAAGUUUCAAAAGGCGAAGGUGAGGAUUUGAUUUAUCGAAAACUUACUGGACUUUCUAUUGACGAUAAACCUGAAAAAAUACCAAGUGAAAAUGAAGUGAUGGCAAAUUCAGAAAACAUUUCAUCUAUUUCUACUAAAGAUGAUGAAAGUGAAGAGGAUGAUCAAGAUGAAGAAAAAGAAAGUGAGGGAGAUGAAGAGAGUGAAGAUGAUGAUGUGUUUAAGAAACAAUCUAGAGGAAAACGAAAUGAAGACAAAGAAUCUAAAAAAGAGCGGAAGAAAGCUGCGAAAGAAGUGGCAAGAGAAAAAAGAAAGAAUAAAAUACCCAAAGCCGUCAAAAAGCGUAAAAUUAAAACUACUACCGGAAAAAAGUCCAAAUAAUUUAUUGCAUUUGAUAUUGUUUUUUAUUAAAUUAUUUUUUCCGUAAUUAAUGUAAACCAGAUUAGGUUGAUGUGCGGUGACUUCGUCACCGCCAGUUAAUUGAUUUAUGUAGUAUUUACAGUAACUGAUAAUAAUGUAUGUAUGGUUAGUUUUAUUAGCUAAACAUAUAAGAUUUAAUUCAUAACUUAUAGAAUGUCAAAUAGGUUAAGGGAUAAUAAAAAUGGUUAAUUUAUUGUUAAUGGUUUGGAACAUUGUUCCAGUUGGUUCGAUUCCAAUAAACAACUAUUAAA